AAAGCAUUCCCAGCCUCCUGUUUCUCUGCAUGGCCAGCUACUGUGGAGAGAGUUCUUUACUACUUGUGCCUACAAUAUUCCAAACUUUAACAGAAUGGAGGGAAACCCUGUAUGUCUACAGAUCCCUUGGGAUAAGAAUGAUGAAUAUCKGAAGGCUUGGGAAGAGGUAUGUUGGAAAUGAAAAUAUUGGUAAUCAUGGGUGGUAUAUGCUGCUGACUAGUGUGCCACCUUACACAGGUGUGGUCAUGGGUUCCAUCCUUAGACUCUCCAUCAUAUGUGAAUGUGCUUUGAGGGUUUCCUGAGGUAACACACCCCUAUAUUUGCUAUACGGGUACGUGCCACCAAACAGGGUAUGGUUUUCAAUGAUUCUACUCUGGAACAGAGUAUAUAAAAUCACACUCGCUCUGGGACAGGGUAUAUGAAAUCACACUCUCUCCCCUCUGGAACAUGAUAUCUAUUUUCGCAAGUACCGGAAAAGGUUUUUUAAUAUGUGAUUCUUCUACGUCAUCGUCCUGAGGGAUCAUGUGAGAUUGCAGUGCGCAUGCGUACUUCAGUGCGGUAUGAGCUGUCGUACUUAGUCGUUGAAGCUUUUGGCCAAGCUGAAUUUUCUGAAAUUUCUUCCUUCCCACCGAUAGUUUUAACGUUCUCAAUACCUAAGCUUGCUUCGUAGGAGCAUAAUCUACAGUGUUUUCAGAGGACAAGCAAAAAUUUUGCAGUGAAAAUCGAAGAUUUUCCAAGACACGUGCAAGGAAGAGCACAAUCGAAUCGGUGGCGUGAAACCUCCAAAUUUAAGGCCUUAAAGCCUCUGUGAGAGGGAAAAACAUGCCUGAAACAAAGCAGCCAGAUAAAAAAGGCAAAUCAGAGGCUGGGAGUGUUUCUAACAAGAACAAUGGUGAGAAUACAAGACAAAGAAAACAUGCCCAGAUGCCCGCYGUGUCGCCAGAGACAAACGACUCUGAUCCAGUGGUGAAGGCGGGAAUUCAGACAGCAACAACCGUCCGGGCGAAUCCAGACAACAUGGAGRGACAGAGCGAACUCCUACAAUUUGGAUCGAUGGUAUCCAAAUCAAUUCUGGAUUUAAAAAAUACCAUUGUUGACAAUUUUGCUCAACUCAAUAACACAUUGACUCAGUCUGAAUGGACCUCAGAAUACGAGGACAAUGUGGAAGAAGGCUACUCGGGCGAUGACAACGAGUCAGGAACAAGCGCCAGAGAUGGAGAUCAGGAGAAUCCUGACGAACCACCACAUAAAAAGAGUAGGUCCAACGAAACAUCUAAUGACGCUAAAGAGACCACUAGCAAAYGUAAGGUCUUGAGCACAAUUGCUGAAAAAUUGCAAUUGCAAGAAAAAGUCGAUCCAGACAUUGAUGCAGAAUUGUCAAGCAUGAUAAACACCUUGAUGUUUAAAAAAGAAAAACCUGAUGAGGACAAACUCAAAGAAAAGCUAGAUCUUAUUGUAAGACCUGCAAACUGCACCUCCCUUGUUACAACUAAAGUGGAUGAACUAAUUUGGCAGAGGCUAAGACCACAGACUCGCUCUUUCGACUCAAGAGCUCAGGUGGCCCAGACUUGUGUGGUGAAAUCUGUGACACUCCUAGCAAAAAUGCUGGAUAAAGCAUUAACUCUUAAAGACAAGCUCCCUGAGUUGCUCAAACCAGGAAUUAAUGACAAUCCAGAAGAUGCACUUCAGAGGGAACUAGAUACACUCAUCAAGGAUGGAGUGGACACCCUUGAAGUUAUGAGUUUUGCUAAUUAUGAGAUUAAUGCUCGUCGCAGAGAAUACAUAAAACCAGAUUUAAAUAAAGAGUACACUUCACUAUUCUCUGCAUCAGUGCCCAUCAACCAGUUUCUGUUUGGUGGGGAUACAUCAAAACGACUUGAGGAUAUAGAUAAAACUAACAGAGUUGUAAAGAAAGCCAUGGGACAGAAUACCUACAACAGGCCUCGCCAAUAUAGAAAUGCCAACAACUCAGGCAGAAAAAGAGGUCGGGGUCAACGACCUAACAACCAAAGACAAGGUUAUACACAGCGCCAUUUUUUAGGAAAAAAUUCCUCCCCCUCAGAAAGCACAUAUCGAAGGCCACAAAGAGGAGGGAGGGGCAGAGAGCCCAAGAACUAAUGGCAAUACCAACCAACACAAAUCAAAGCAAAGAGAUGCCUGCAAAAGAUCUCAGUGGAAGAGGCAGAGGGUGUGAUGAUAGUACCAGUAUGGCCCACUCAGACCUAUUACCCCAGGAUAAUGUCCAUGGUGAUUCAACCACCAAGGCUUCUUCCAAAGAAAGAGAACUUAC